AUAUUUAUUAACAAUGAAUGGCACGAGUCUACAAGUGGAAAGAAGUUCCCCACCUACAACCCUUCAACGCUGGAGAAAAUAUGUGACAUUGAGGAAGGAGACAAGCCUGAUGUGGAUAAUGCAGUGGAGGCAGCAAAAGCAGCAUUCCAGAGGGGUUCUCCAUGGAGACAGAUGGAUGCCCCAAGCAGAGGACGACUCCUGCACAAACUGGCUGAUCUUCUCGAGCGCGACAGAAUCAUCCUGGCAACUCUGGAAACAAUGGACACAGGAAAACCUUUCCUGCAAGCUUAUUUCAUUGACCUGGAAGGCUGCAUCAAAACACUUCGAUAUUAUGCUGGAUGGGCUGAUAAAAUUCAGGGCAGAACUAUCCCAGUGGAUGAAAAUUUUGUCUGUUUCACCCGGCACGAGCCGAUGGGUGUCUGUGGAGCUAUAACCCCAUGGAACUUCCCCUUGCUGAUGCUGGUUUGGAAGAUGGCACCAGCACUGUGCUGUGGAAACACUCUGGUGAUUAAACCAGCUGAACAAAGUCCUCUGACAUCUCUGUACAUUGGCUCACUUAUCAAGGAGGUGGGUUUCCCUCCAGGGGUGGUGAACAUUGUGCCAGGCUAUGGCCCCACAGCUGGUGCUGCGAUUUCUACCCAUGACAGCAUUGAUAAAAUUGCUUUUACUGGAUCAACAAAGGUUGGAAAACUGAUUAAGGAAGCUGCUUCCAAAAGCAACCUCAAAAGGGUGACAUUAGAGCUGGGAGGGAAAAACCCCUGCAUUGUGUGUGCUGAUGCAGACUUGGACUUGGCAGUGGAAUGUGCCCAUCAAGGCGUGUUCUUCAACCAAGGGCAGUGCUGCACUGCUGCCUCCAGAGUGUUUGUGGAGGAGCAGAUCUAUCCAGAGUUCGUCAAGCGCAGCGUGGAGUAUGCCAAGAAACGACUGGUUGGAGACCCUUUUGAUGCCAGAACUGAACAAGGGCCCCAGAUUGACCAAAAACAGUUUGAUAAAAUCCUGGAGCUGAUAGAAAGUGGGAAGAAAGAAGGGGCUAAGCUGGAGUGUGGGGGUCUUGCCAUUGAAGACAGAGGCCUGUUUAUAAAACCCACUGUGUUUUCAGAGGUCACUGACAACAUGCGAAUCGCCAAAGAAGAGAUUUUUGGGCCAGUUCAGCCAAUUAUGAAGUUCAAGAGUAUAGAAGAGGUCAUAAGAAGAGCCAACAGUACUGAGUAUGGACUCACGGCCGCAGUGUUCACAAAGAACCUGGACAGAGCGUUAACGUUGGCUUCGGCACUGCAGUCAGGAACAGUCUGGAUCAACUGUUACAAUGCUCUCUAUGCACAGGCUCCUUUCGGUGGCUUUAAAAUGUCAGGCAAUGGCAGAGAACUCGGUGAAUAUGCUUUGGCAGAAUAUACCGAAGUGAAGACAGUCACCAUCAAACUCUCCCAGAAGAGUCCGUGAACACAGAAGGCCUAAAAUGCUGACACUCUGAAUGUGAGACAUGGGGACGUGUUCAGAGCGAGGGGGAGGGGAGGGGUAGGGAGGAAAAUGGAAACACCUGUCUUUAUUCCUCUAGAAACACUGAAUCUACUGGACUCCAUUUGUCAACUGGCUCUUCAAAAACUGAUUUACCUGACCCUACUGGCAGUACACGUCUGUACUGUGCAAGCCCCUGGCUGUACAUCUGCCUGCUACCUGUGACCAAACACUGGUCAGUCACAGUGUUUGCAGGAUAUCUGCUUUCAAGCUGUACCCCU